AGGGAUGGAUGGAGACACAGUCCGUGGGGUGAGGUGAGGGCAAUUUAUGGUGAGGUCUGGGCAAUGGGUAGGGUAAGGUAUGGGUUGGGAGUUUGUGGUGAGGGGUAUAGAAGAGAAUUGCUCAAUGCUCCGCAGAUUCACGUGAGCCAUGGCCGAGAGAGAGGAGGAUGUGGAUGUAGCCGAGGUAGAGGAGGCAUUGCUCAUGGAGACACAGGCGAAGACUUCUAACGUGGAGACACAAGAUGGUGACUCAUUUGUGGAGACGCAGCGUGAUACACAAUUGGGGACGCAAGAAGAUGCUCGCGCGGAGACGCAAGGUGACACGAACUCAGGGACACAAAAUGACAAGGACACGGUGUCGCGCAACGACGCGUUGGAGGCACCUGGAGACCCACACGUGGAGACACACGCGAUCCUAAUUGCGGAGACAAGAGAUGGCACACACUUGGGGACACGCCGUGACCAAAAUAUGGAAAUACGCGGAGAAAAGCAGUUGGGCGCAUCGGGUACGUAUGUGGAGACACCUGACGACAGGAAGACGAAACACGAAGAUGAUCACGUGGAGACGCACGAAGACACCCACGUGGAGACAGAUGAAGACAAUCACCUGGAGAUACGCGAACACACACACGUGGAGACAUAUGAAGACACCCACGCGGAGAAUACAAUUCUGGAGACACGAGACGAGGCAAGCUUGGAGAAACUGGAGAACACUCUCCUGAAAAUGACACGUGUGGAGACACGUGAAGACACACGCGUGGAGACAGAUGAAGACAAUCACAUCGAGACACGUCAACACACACACGUGAAGUCACGUGAAGGCACCCACGUGGAGAAUGUUGAAGACAAUCAUCUGGAGAUACGCGAACACACACACGUGGAGACACAUGAAGACACCCACGCGGACAACGCAAUCCCGGAGACACGAAGCGACCCAAGCUUGGAGAAACGGGAGAACCCUCCCCUGAAUAACACACGUGUGGAGACACGUGAAGACACACGCGUGGAAACACAAGGUGUCCAAAACAUGGAGGCCCGUGGAAGCAAGCAAACAGAGACACAUGGUACCUACGUGGAGACACACGGAGACAGAUAUAUAGAGGCAUAUGAGGACACACACGUAGAGACACACGGAAACAGAUAUAUAGAGGCAUAUGAGGACACACACGUGGAGACACACGGAGACAGAUAUAUAGAGGCAUAUGAGGACACACACGUAGAGACAAAUGAAGACAAUCGCGUGGAGACACACGGAUACACGCACUUGGAGACAAAGGGAGAUGCUCAAGCGGCCACAGAGGAGGAGCAUGAUGAUGAUCGUCGUGAUGAAGAAGAUUAUGGGAAGGCUAGGUCCUUCAACCCCGACUGCCUUCAUUGGGGAUGCGAGGAGGUGGCUGAUUGGGUCAGCAGCCUUGGCUUCUCACAGUAUCGGGAGUGCUUCAUGAGUAACCACGUGGAUGGCAGAAGACUCAUCCUCAUCAACUGCUCCUCGCUGCCUCGCCUCGGGGUCACCGACUUCAACCACAUGAAGGAGCUGUGUCGUGGCGUGCGGGUCCUGCUGGGGGUGCGGGAGCCCCCCUUCACCCGCAGCAUCUACGAGCCUCGACGGGAGCCGUGGGGGCUCUACCUGGAGGCGAGGGCUCGCUCGGGGGCCCAGGCCGACUCGCUCACCUUCGAGCAGUUCGUGCAGGGGCAGCUGUACGCCAAGAUGGAGUAGACGAUGCCAGAGUAAUCAUAGAGCAGGGCUCUGGAACGUUUUACUUGGCGAUGGUCGAAAACGGAACGUUCGCAAAGCUUAGACGGCGCAGCCACACAUACACACACCUUGGUUAUUGUCGCAUUAAAGGUAAAGGUGCGGACCUGCAAUUUCCUGUUCAGGCCACUGCUGGCAGAAGGGUCUUCACGCCGGCCAGACGUCUUGGAAGAGGUAGGAGUAACCCACACUCUGCCCCACCACGCACGAUCUGGAGAGUAUACGUUUAGACUACUCGGUGGGCAGAAGUGAGAGUAUGCAGGGACGGGAUUGAAUAAACUUGCACCAUUUUUUCAACUACCGUGCCGGGAAAUCGAACUAGCAACGUAUGUGUGUUGUUGAGCUUCUGUCGCACCGUACGUAGCCAACCGUGCCAAUUAUAAGUCCAGUGCUGCUAACCAUUAUACCACGGGGGCAUCCCUGUUUUCUUCUUAUAAUGAGAAAAAAAAUGAGGGCUCGCCUCCUCUGAGUGACCUACAUUUAGGAAGAAAAAAACGCUCCCCCCCCCCCCACUUAUUUGAGUAAAAACAUGUAUUCACUGGAACUCUUCUGUGUGCACCCACGUAUGUUUUUGAAUGACCUGACAAUUAUCGUGAACCCCCGUCAUUCUGCUGAACCGAGGACACGUAAGAUCUUGUUUUUGUACAGAUUUCCAAAGAAGGCCGUGAUGGUAAAGUUAACAAAAAAAUAUUUAAAAAUUACGGUCUUAAAUUUCGAUUUAAAGCUUUCGUGACUGCAAGGAUUCAUCUUCUCGGUUCUUUCGGUAAAGUCACGUAGAAGGGAAGUAAUAAAAUAAUAAAAAUAAUAAAACAUAAUAAAAUAAUAUAAUAUGCUUUAUUUUUAUUAUUGUAUUACUUCCCUUCUACGUGACUUUACCGAAAGAACCAAGAAGAUGAACUACAGUCUUCUCAGGUCGAUUUGUGCGGCUAAGAUGCAGUGACGGAUACAUAUCGUGUGCGGACCGUUGAUGUGGUGGCGGGUCGUAUGAAAUGAAGUCGCGGGUCAUAUCUGACCUGUGGACAGCAAGGUCCCUUUAGCCCCCUGUCGGAGAUGCUUAGCUGGGUAGCAAGGAGACGGCUGUGAUGGAGAGUCUUUGGGCCGUGUCGAUGACAACGAGCUGGCAUCGCGGAUGACGUCUGGGGUUGAGUCUGGGUUUCAAACAGCCGAGAUUAAACCGGGUUUUCUGGUGUUGUGCUUUCAAGAUCUCAGCUCGAAUAUCGACGACUGCUCACUCUAAACAUCACAUGACGUUUAAUUUGGCUUAUUCCAGCGCGGAGAAAAAAAUGUCGCUGUUCGACUGACAUUCUGUGCACGGCAUAGGUAUAUCUUUAAUGUGGACAAGUAGCCUACUCAAGUGAAUUCAGUCUUAGUUUUGUAUAAAUCGUCUCCCGGGACCGUUCUCCGAUAGACAAAGUGGUGCACUGCUCACUGCGUAUGUAAUUAAUGGAGAUUUCUUCGUCGCGUGUUAUGAUCCCGAUAUCACUAUUUGAAAAGGAAAAUAAUUGGGAGUAAAUUAACGAAGAACCCAGGGAAGCAUUGAAGUAGUAGUAAUCCAGUAAUUGCCUUCAUUAUGAUUGCACUACGGGCUCCGUUGUAUUAGUUAAAGUUGAUUCACUUCAUGCAUUGACCUCCCAGCGUUGGCUGAACCAAUGUCAGUGUAGAAAUACAACAAGAACAAGCACGUUUGCUGCUCAUAAAGACAUGCCCUCUGCAUGCACGUUGCAUGUAGAAUGCUCUCUCAGCCGUGUCCAAACUACCAGCUCACAAGAGCUGAAUGUGGCUCGUAUUACUGUUUAGGCCACCAACUCAUAUAGUUGAAGACACGGGGGCUGUUGCGCAUCUAUGCGUGUCGUUAUUUCUGCGUUGCACACCUGUACGCAUUUCCUGUUGUGGUGUGGUUAUCUAAUGACUGUAUAUGCACAAAGUGUUGACUUGAAAUCAAUAUCAAGUGAGCAUCCUGUACUGUGACCUUUUCACAGUCAUUGAGGCUGCAAUGAAAGCACACUCAUCAAAUGUGCCCUUACAGAUCUGUAUCAGUGCAGGCAGUCAGACAUGCACUUACAAAUACUACACAUUUCCCGUUUAGAA